AUGAGCAACUCUUCCGAAAUUCUUUUCGGACUGGCAUCGCAGCUUUCGCAGCUGGCGACGUUAUCAUCCAGUGACGCCGAGAAGAAUGACGCGGCCAUUGUCAUUGGCCAGAAGGUCCUCGACGCAGCCAGAGGGCCGAUGCCCGACUGGAUGGACAGGGCGAUCCACGCCAUGGACUUUGUCAGUUUGAAGCUCUUUUUGGACUGGAAGGCCUUCGAUAUGAUUCCUUUGGAUGGUUCGAUAUCGCACACCCAUCUGGCCGAGAAGCUGGAGGCGGAUGUCUCUCUGAUCAGGCGUCUUUCUUGGGUUCUCAUAUCUGGCGGGAUCUUGACACAGAUUGGCGACGACAAAGUUGCGCACAAUGAGAAGUCAAAGUUGUAUCUCUCGGGGACACCCGACGAGGUACUGUUCCACAUGAUGCAAGUCUUUACAUCACUGGCUCCCCGGCCCAUGGCUUUCGAAGAGCACAUCAUCACAGCUCUAAAGCUCCCGGAGUACUUCGCGAAGUAUGGCCGUCGCGAGCCUGCAACGCGGGCCCAUACGCCCUACUCUUUCGCCCGCGGACGGCCGGAGAAGGAGGUCUGGGAGCUCCAUCGGGAGAACCCCGAGCAGGUGAAAAGAUUCAUGAAGGGAAUGGAGAUGGCGCAGAAAUUCGUUCCCCUCGAGGGAAUCUACGAUUUCGGCUGGGUUGAGUCAAAGCUGUCAGAAGGAAGCGACAGGCCUAUUUUUGUCGACGUGGGCGGCAGUAAGGGACAUGCAAUCAAGGCCAUAUUAGAGGAGAACCCUUUUCUCCCUGCAGAACGCGUAAUUCUGCAGGACCGAGACGAGGUCAUUGAGCAAGUGGCCGCACUCAAGGACCCUGGGCUAGAACAUGUCAAGCUGCAGGUGCACGACUUCCACGCUGAGCAGCCCGUCAAGAGUAAGUUCGCAAACCACACUCCCCUUUUCUUCAUCAUCUCCGCACAUGAGUUGACGCAUGCAGACGCACUGAUCUAUUGGAUCCGCCGGUGUCUGCACGACUACGGAGACGAUGACAGCGUCAAGAUCCUGUCCCAGCUUUCGGACGCCAUGGGCUCGGACAGCAAGGUCUUGGUCGUCGAAUACGUCCUCCAGAAUCCUCCUCCGCCCGUUGGCGCCAUGACGGACUUUGGCAUGAUGACCAUUGGCGGAAAGGAGCGAACGGCCGCGGACUGGGAGUCCGUGGCGGCCCGCGCGGGCUUGAAGAUUGAAAGGAUUCAUGGCUUGGAAAAGAAGAUGCAAGUCAUUGAAUGUGCCAAGGCCUGA